AUGGAGCCUGGACCAUCAAGACCACGACGACACACUGCUGAGCAAGCGUGCUUGCUUUUUGAGACCACUCUCUCUGAGAGCGAGGAAGAGUCAGAUAUUGAUACCCCAUCCUUCUCAGGAUCAGAAUCGGACAACCAAAAUGUUCAACCCCCACCCAUGAAACAAAGGAGAAUGGAUCCAACAAUUGAUGACUCCAGGCCUACUGAUGUACCAGACUGGUCUGAGGUUACAUCAGGAGAGACCAACAACAAUUUCAGAUUUGCACCCCCAAAUGGAUCAGGACUGCAGGCAAACCUGACAGUGGAUUCCAGUCCUCUUGACUGCUUCAAUGUCUUGUUCACGGCACAAGUCAUCACAUACAUGGUGAACUCAAUCAAUGCUUAUGCAGAACACAGAUGUGCCCUGAACAACCCUCCACGUCGACAGUCUCUGUUUGCCAACUGGUACAAAGUGACAGUGUCUGAGCUGUACAAAUUUUUCGCUGUAAUUGUUGAGAUGGGAAUUGACCCUGCCAUCUCAAUACGGGAGUAUUUUGUUUCUGAAGACUCACCAAACUAUAAGAAAUGGUAUCAUAACAUGUUUGCUCGCCCCAGGUUUGAAGCUUUAUAUCACUCCAUGCUUCAUUGUGCUGAGUCGGCUGUUGCAGAUUCUAAAGCAAAAAUCGAACCCUUCAUGAAUAUGCUUCUGAUGAAUUUCCGCACAGCGUUUUACCCCUACCAAAACUUGGCACUUGAUGAAAUGGUUGUUGGGUACCAAGGUGGAUGGGCAUAUAAAAUGUUCAACCCAUCAAAACCGAAAAAGUGCGAUAUCAAGAUACUUGGACUGUACGAUAGUGCUACAGGGUAUGUACUGAAUUUAUGGACAUACUUUGGGGAACAGAUGUCAUACAAACCUGACUGUGAUCAAGAUGGAAGUCAGGCAGUCAAGGUGUUUGAAACUCUCCUUGAGCCAUUUUCAAAAGGCCAUCACAUAUUUGCUGACAAGUGCCAUACCUCCAUGAAACUUGUUAGUGCCCUAUCGGCAAAUGGCUUUUAUUAUACCGGCACCGUCAACUCGAAUCGUCAGGGCUUUCCUCCUCAACUGCACUCCAACCAUCCCUCGCUCGGCGAGUGUAAGUGGUAUCUCACCUCUCAUAAGGAUGUUGAUAUUUUGUGUGCAGCAUGGUGGGACAAAAAGGCAGAUAAACCUGUGGUGAUCUGUUCCACACGGUCAUCUGUUCAAAUGGUUACCCAGGUAAUAAGACGAAACACAACAGAGAAACCAGCAGUUAUCCAGUCUUAUAACGAGAACAUAAACGGCUGUGAUCGUGCCGACCAGCAGUCCGGACACUAUGGCCUAUUCAGUAGAAAAACCGUGAAGUGGUGGAAAAAGCUGUUUUAUUUUAUGCUGGAGCUGUGCCAGACCAAUGCACAUGUUUUGUAUUCCCUGUCUCACGAGAAGCGGAUAAGCCUCUUGGACUUCAAAAAGAAAUUAGUCAAAGGCUUGACAAAGCUCUCGGUCCUCACAAUGACAGAUGAGGAAAAAGCUCGAGAAGAGGCUCGGCACCCAGGCAGACCUGCUGUCAGUCUCCCCGAAAGAUUCGUGGGGAACAAACAUUUAGUGGCUCAUUCUCCCAAUGAUAGAAUUUGCCACUAUUGCAGUAAAGGAACAGGGAAAAGGAUGCGGACAAAUUUUUUUUGUUCCGGCUGCUCCACGAAGCCGCACCUUCAUCCAAAGGACUGUUUUGAACGUUACCACACUGACAAAAACUUUGUAGUGUAA